AUGGAUCCACCACGGCGGAAGGGAACUCGUAUGAAAGGCGCUAAUCGAAAACAGAAUGAGUAUAACCCUGGAAUUACAAAACUAGUUCAAAAGAGAGUGAAGAAAAGAACUGUCGAAGAAGGAGAAUUCGUAGCCGCUGAAACACAAGAAAUGGCGCGCUUAAGAAAGUUGGAAAAGGAAAAUAAGAAAGCUAUGAAAGCUCUUAGUCCUCCUUCAAGACCUCCUCGUGUUGGUGAUAAACUCUUGACUCCAACACAUCGAGGGGCAUAUGUUGUGCUGGGAACGGAUCACAGGCAUGCCGUCCGUCUCAUGAGGCACCAAGCUUCGUGUUCAAUGACUAGUACUUGGGAUCUUGACAAGGAAUGUGAGGAGGUGAAAGUGAUUGUCAAGAACUCCGGGUUGUGGCAUGCGGUGGAGAGUUUGAAUAUUGAGCAUGAUAAAGUUACCAUUGAGACGGAGUCUGUUCUUGAGAUGAAGGAUGGUCGUCUAAGCAAGAAGUUUAAUCUGAAGAAGUUGAGGGACAAAUUAUGGGAGACAAAGAAAAUCUUUGAUAAGGAAGGAAGGGAUGCCCAUGAAUUAUUCAAGCAACUUGAGGCUCAAGUAAAGAUGGAAGAAAAAGCUAGGAGUUAUGUUGUUGAAGCCAAUAAUGUCAAUGGUGAUUUCUAUACUAAUCAUCAAGAAAUGAUGGGUGAGCAACCUUUGUCUAAAAUUUUUAUGCACGAAUUCAAACUAGGGAUUCAUGCAGAAGCUUCAAUUAAAGCUACUACCCGUCUUGUCGGAUUAAAGGACUGCGUUCUGCUUCCAUCUCUAAAGUCAGUCCUCCAUAACCACGAGUCCUUGACUAAUGUCUACUUCUACAACGGACCUCGCUCUUUUGUUGUUUGCUAUAUGGCCUUCGAAGAAGCAAAUUAA